CUUAGAAGAAUCAGUCUGCUUUACUAACUCCCUGCUUGGUUGUGCUGCAAUUUGUCAACAAGAAGAGAAAGAGAGGCCCCACCAUGGCCCUGCUAACAGCACUGAUACUGCUGGCAGCCUGCACCCAGUUUGUCAAGGCGUCAGACGGCUGUGGCGGGGAGCUGGCUCGGUUGCAGCAGCAGGAGCAGCUGUUGAAGAGACAGCUACAGAAACAGGAGCUCCUCCUACGCAGCUUACAGCUGAUGACCCAACAGGGCAAUAACGAUGCCGGAUCUGACCGGGUCCAGGACACCCAGCACGCAGACUGCUCCCAGGUCUACAGUUCUGGGUUCAAAUCCAGCGGUCUGUAUCGGAUCAGGCCCAGUGGGAGCCCCUCAGCGGUCAAGGUCUACUGUGAUAUGACUGAAGGAGGAGGAUGGACUGUCCUGCAGAGACGGGUUAAUGGCACAGAGGCAUUUAACAGGUCGUGGACAGAGUAUAAGGAUGGUUUUGGAGACCUGAAUGCAGAAUUUUGGCUUGGAAACGACAACCUGCAUUUCCUCACAACACAAGGAAAUUAUUCAGUGAAGAUCAACUUGGAAGACUUUGAUGGCCACCAGCGCUAUGCUGAGUACAAGAACUUCCAAGUAGCAAAUGAAAAGAAGCACUACCGCCUUUCCUUUGGAGACUACGUUGGUACCGCUGGAGAUGCUUUGACUGGAAGCUAUCAGGUUCCUGAGGUCAAAUGGGCCAGUCACCAGGGCAUGAAAUUCAGCACCUAUGACCAGGACAAUGACAACUACAGAGGGAACUGCGCUCAGGAAGACAAAGGGGGCUGGUGGUUCAAUAAAUGCCACUCGGCCAAUCUCAAUGGCGUGUACUAUCCUAACGGACACUACAGUGCUUCCACGGAUGACGGUGUGGUCUGGUAUCCUUGGAGAGGGUGGUGGUACUCGCUGAAGACCAGCAUCAUGAAGCUGAGACCUGUAGACUACAAAACCCGUCUCGUUGACGACCAGGUGGCAGUUUCUCUCAAGCCACCUUCCUAGGUUAUGCUUGCUUUGGCAAAUGGAGCAAAAAUACUUUGCAAUCACCCAUAUCUUUGUAGUACUUACAACUGCAUUGACCAUUUCCUGUUAACGUAUAAGAAUCCUGUAUUGUGUCGGGGCAAAGCUGAGUUGCAUACACAAUACGGCGCAAACAAAGGGACAAAAUUGAGAAUGUGUGAAAGUUUUGGUCAGUUCUACAGACUUAAAUGUUGUAAGAGGAAGUUGCAGCUGUCUGGUUUGAAGACAUAAGAGGAAGUCUGAAGUCAGCGUUAUUGAGAAGUAAUGAAACAUUGGAUUGACAUGAGAUAUUAUCACACAGCUGUAGUUGACUGAACACGUAUAUUUUAUCUGAACCACGGAGUGGCAUAUUCUUUCAAAACUGCUCUGUCAAACAUUGUGCUAAU